ACGUUCCUUCGUUCCUUCAUUUUAAAUAUGCUUUUUAAAAUGCGUUGUUUAUUUCAAGGUUGUCGUCUCUUUUUACGGGCAUUCCCGAGUGAUCGAUUCUUUUGAGUCGAUUCUUUUGAAAGCAUUAAUUGAACAAUGGGCAAAACCAUUUGAAUGGGCUAAUGAAUCAGUUCAAAUGAUUUGUUCAGUUCGCAGCACGAUCUGAAUCAUCUGAAGCAGGAUUACUCACUCCUCGUAGCGCGAAACUUAAGAACACGCAGAACACAAAGAGCGUUGGAUGAAGUGGAUAUGAAUCUAUAUCUAUACAAUCAAAACUGCAAAUGUGUCAUAUUGUUUGCCAGCAAUGAUAAAUGCCCGCCAUUUGCGCGCACCCGCGACCUGUUCGUCAGACACAGCAACAUGCGCGUUACCUGUCAGACACAGAGACGUGGGCUUGCAGAAAUAUACAUUUGAAGAACAGAAGGAAGAAAAUUUGUUGAUGGGCGUGUGGUUCACUGAUUACUGUUUGUUUACAAGUAAGAGCGUUUCACAACACACACGUGACACAACACGAGAAAACAUGAGCUUUGUUCAAAAAUGUGCAUUUCAUUUAAGAGAGCACUGCAGAUGUUCUACAUCAUCUUAGGAAAUGCUCUGAGUUUAGUUCAUGCUUUAGUUUGACAUGGUCUAUUAUUCUAAAUAAGUUGUGUAAACUACAUUGACAUCAGGACUAGAUGAAAUUUACAGAAAUGCUCGUCUCUUCUGUGUUUGUCUAUUCUUUAGUCUGUCUCUCUAGUAUAUUGCAAAGAUAUCUGCUUAUGAUAAUUAAAAAUAUUGAUUAAAAUGUAAUAUUAAAAUAUUGGCGUUAAUAUUAAUUUUAUGUAGUAGGCCUAUAUAAUCAGAUACAAAGUAACUAAUUAACUAACUACUUGAGUAGUUUUUUCAUUGCAUACUUUUUUACUUUUACUCAAGUAAUUUUUAAAGUAGUGACUUUUACUUUUACUCGAGUAACAAUUUCUCUAGUUACUUGUACUUUUACUUGAGUAAAUAUUUUGGCUACUCUACCCACCUCUGCAUUUCCCUCUGCUUUUUUACAUCUGCCAUGCCUAGUCUCAGUUAAAACCCCCUACUAAGUUAAAUGUAAUUUUAUUAUAAUAUUAAUUAUAAUAACAUAAUAAUAAUAUAUAGGUCAAAUACAUCUGAUCUUAGACAAUGCAUUAUUAAUGCACUAUUGUACAUAACUUAAUAUAACCAUUAUAGAACCAAAACAAAAGGAACGCAUUAUCACUGCUUUGCAUUUUGUAUUAACUUAUUUAUUUUUAGCCAUAUCAAUCUAUUUUAACAUACAACACACACACCACAUCUGUCUGAAUCUGAUGACAUUGCAUUUCAAUCUGGUCCCUCAAGUCAGCACUUACACAAAAGGAAAGCGCCUUAAUUGGCAUUAUACAGGGUGGAGCGUUUGCAAAUAAGCUUUUGUUAAAACCACAACCACAUCCUUAAUGUCAUACUUUCUUCAUAAGCACUCUGACUGUGCAUGUAGAUCACUAGAUGGGCACAGUGUAAAUGUCAGGACGUGUACAAUGUACUGGUUUAUGAGCUGCAGUAAUUCAUAUUUUCAUCUGAAUCAUAUAUUUUUGUGAACAUUAAAUGGCAGUAUUGUUACGUUUGUAUAAUGUGUUUGAGCAGAGCUGACCACAGAUUCUUCCAUUGUUACUCCAUGAUGGCUCUAUGGCAAGCCAUAACCUUAUUUACUGUUUGUGGACUUAUAGAGUGCAAUGACAGCGUGUGCGAUGUGACCUGCACCACAGACUUCAUUUCCACACUGAACUGCUCUAUUUCUGACUCGGCAGGAACAGCAUCAUGUUAUAUUGUGGCCAACUGCAGUGAUGAAUCUGGUGCUGUGGAAGGAAACUGUAGUAUGAAAUCAUCACAAUCCUGGUGCACAAUAGAAUCAGAGGAACUGCAGGCGGUUAUGACCUAUGAUACCACUUGCUCUAUAACAGCAACACCGAUGACCAAACAAGGGGGUGCAGAGACCCCAAUAACUAAAAACAUGCUCUUAUACAAAUCUAUUAAGCUUAUACAACCUUACAACCUAAGCGUUGAAAAAAUGGAUGGAGGUUUCAAUCUGACAUGGGACGUGGUUUAUAGGCUUAUAGAGCACGAACUGUAUGAAAAAUUAUACUACAGAGUACGGUUACGUACCAAAGGUGACUCAAUCGAAAAGGAGAACAUUUUCACUCUAGAUCAAACCCAGCAGUCAAUGGGUAUUGCCAGUGAUAGACUUCUGCCGGGCCGUCGGUAUGUGGCCGACGUCCAGGUUGCAGUGCAUCCCAGUGGGUUUAAGUCCACGUGGAGUGAAUGGAGCAGCAGUGUAGAAUGGACGUGUGACUCUCCUGGAUCAGAAAAUUAUUAUUUCCUGCUGUUGAUGGCAGUGCCUAUUGUGGUGGUGCUGGUGGUGCUCUUGUACAAUAGUAAACUACGGGGAGUCAAAAAGAUGUCUUUAUGGCAACACAUCCCAAGUCCCCAAGACUACUUCAAACCACUUUACCAUACAUAUCAGGGAGACUUUAAGAAAUGGGUCGGACCAGUCCUAACUUUCAACAACUUUGAUGUUCUGGAGAAGAGCGCCACCCUACUGGUGCUUAGUGACAGGCAGCAGACUGAAAGUUCAGAGGAACCUGCUAACAACAGGAACAGUCAACAGCGAGACUCCAACCCGUUCAAUCCCGCCAGUCAAAACUCAUCUAAACUCUACUUCCUCGGAAGCAGCAGUCAUGUUUUCACUCACUCCAGUGGCCACAUAUCAAUGGACACCGUUACAGUGUCUGGCCAGGAGGGCCUCAUGGCCGACUGGUCCGGUGAAAGUCACAGACGGAGCAUUGAUGAUUUUCACAACGGCACAGAAGCCGAUCAGAGAGUGGUUGAGAUGGCUGAUGGCCAGCCGGGGGCGUUGUUACAUGAUGGCAGGGGGAGAAUACAGGUUUUAGACUGUGAUGAUUGGCAUAUACAGGACCAUGAAUUGGAGAACGUUGAACAGGUCUCCCUGUUCUCCUAUAGUUCGAAUGAGCACUCCGAUGAUGGUUACCCUCAGAUGGGACUGGAUUUAGACACCAUAGACAGUGGCUUUCUGGAAUCAGACUGUUCUAGCCCGUCGGGAUUCGAUGGGAAGGAACACACCGAUACUGAGUCACUGGAGGGAGUGGGAGUCUUCCAGUCGAAUUAUGUCAAACAGUGGGUGACUUUCACAGCUGUCCAGGUUGAUAACAGCACUGAAAACUAAAGGCUUGCACAAAAACACAUUAUUGUUUGGACUUCUUGUGUUUGAACUGUGUAUGUGGCUCAAACAAUUUGCAGACACACAAUCAGCUGUGUGGUCAUUUCCAGGACAAUGGUUUACAAACUUUACAAGAUCCUAAAGAACAAUACAGACGAAAGAGGAAAGUGUCACAUAUACUAGGGCCAUCAAAUAGUAUGCCAAACGUGUCUGGAUGUAAUCCCUGGUGAUCUCAAGGUUGGACUACUGCAAUGCUCUCCUUGCUGGUCUUCCUGCAAAGGCUAUCAAACCACUCCAGCUGGUUCAGAACGCAGUAGCACGCCUCGUCUUCCAACAGCCCAAAAGGGCUCAUGUGACACCCAUCUUCAUCUCUCUCCACUGGCUACCGGUUGAAGCCCGUAUCAGAUUCAAGUCACUAAUGCUUGACUACAGGACUAUCACUGGAUCUGCACCGGCAUACUUUCACACCCUCCUACACCCCAUCAAGAACCCUGCAUUCAGCAAACCAGCGGCGUCUUGUAUUGCCUUCUCAAAAGGGCAGUAAAUUGCUUUCCCGCUCAUUCUCCUUCACAACUCCUUCAUGGUGGAACAUUCUUCCUAACUCGGUCCGGUCAACCACAUCUCUCACAACAUUCAAAAACUACUUAAAACCCAUCUCUUCUGUGAAUACUUGACAGACAAAUGAAAAAAAACACACACAAAAACACUAACCCUCUUUCUCUCAACAGGUAGUGGUCUAGCUUUUGUUGAAACUAGUAACUUUGUAUUGGCACCUAUUGUAUUAUUGCUCCUUUAUGACAUAUCGCUUAUUGCUCCCUAAACUCUCUGUAAGUCGCUUUGGAUAAAAGCAUCUGCUAAAUGAAUAAAUGUAAAUGUACGUAUUUGUUUCUAUGUAUCUUUUGUAUCUUUUUUGGGGGGGCUCAUAUCACCCGCACAACUCUUUAGAAGUUUGGGACAUUAUCUUGAACUUGUACAGUUGUAAAUAUAUGAACCUAAAGGUAAAGAAACUAUUCCAGUUAUGAAUUUAGCUAUACACUAGCAUGCAUUUGCAAUCACAAACAGUAUCUGACAAAGUGUUUAGUACUUGUUUUCUGUUUAACUGAAUUCUCAAAAGCCUUUUGAGAAAAAAUGUUCCAGAACCAGCAAAGUAGCUGGUUCUAGUCCUUGAUAGUGUGUGAAAUAGGAUACUGCAAAUGCAUUUUCAGUGUACUGGCUAUUUAAUGAGGUUAGACUGAUUCAUAAUGCACGCAAGUGAGAGUUGUUUGACAGAGAAAUACAUGUAUUUAUACAUCAGCUUGCAGUUAUUGUGCCCGUGCACACAGUUUUGCAACUGUUAUCAUUUUUUGGUGGCUUGAGCUCACAGCAGAACAAGAUAAGGUGGUCUGAGAGUCACGCAUAAAAUGCCACCGUCCUGAUAAUACCACGGGUAAUUCUACAUAUCAGAUCUUUUGUACAAAUGAUUAGCUGUACUCAGCAAUCCUAAUGUCUUGUUGUUUUGUCUUGAAUUGUUCUUUCAUUUUCGUUGUGUGAUACAAUUGUCCUUGUUGUAAACACAUCACUUGAAUAUAAUGACAUGAUUAUCAAUAUACUUUUAUUGUUUAA